AUGGAAUAUUUGGCUUUUAUUCACGAUCCGUUGACGCUCUACUAUUUACAAAAAUUCGUGACAACAAGUAGCGGCGACUCGCUGAAAUCAUCGCCGCAAAACAUCUUGGUCACGCCGACGCUUGGAGACUUUCCGACGACGGCUGAGAUCAUGCAAAAGUGCUUGGCCGUCAACCCGUUCGAGCUGAAGUUUAAGGAGGCCAACCAGAGGCUGGGCGCGGCCGGGACGUCACAGGAACUGCUGGAACAAAACGGACUCGUCCCAAAGAUUUCCAUCGACACCCCCUCAGUCUCGGCUUUGAUGAAAUCCCCAAUCUUCCCAUCGAUCUCAAUGCUCUCCGACAGCGACUUGAAGACCUCAGACUUUUCGAAACUGGUGCAACAGAUGAAAGAACAUGGAGGCUUAUCAACCCAACAAUCACUCGAUGUCGGAGCAGGCCCCCGAACGGCUGAUGUCCUAAACACGGUCCUCGAUAUGCAUCACGAUCUGUCAUCUACUUCCCUCAACAUCUUCAAUCAUAUUAUGCCCCAAAUUGGGCAAAGCCUCUUCACGACGCUGGCAACGCCAAAUGGGUCUGCCCCGAAUUCGGCCGGAAUUCUGGGGCUCCCCAUUCCGCAAGCGACUUCGCCACGAUCGAUCGCCGCCGCCCUGGCUGCCGUCGCUUCGACGAGUGCCGCCGCCGGUCUCGCCCCACCAGCCGUCUCGAUCUCAUCAGCUAGCCCCCAGCACUCUCCCCGGAAUCAACUCAACAACACGAACCAACUCCGCUCCCCUCAGCCGGACAUUGCUUCUGCGGUUAGUGCCGCUGUCCAGGCGUCAAACGCCCAGAACGGCAGCAAUCUGCUCGGUGCCCUACAUGUCGAUUCGUCUUGGGACCCGCGGGAUGUGAAGCCGGCUUUGGGACAAGGUCUUGCAGCGAGUAAGAUAACGCCGCAGCUGACGCCCCGUUCGGACUUCUACAAUAGCGGAGAGGACUUUGGUCCUGGGGCGAGCAAUGGGUAUGAUCACAAUCCGAGGAGUAAUGAGUCGGAAGUCUCGUCAAACUGCGGAAGUCAGCAAGGGCUGGCGACUACUACUCCUGGACGUGGACGCGGUCGUGGCAGGACCACCACUGCGGAUAUGCCACCAGAUGAGCGCCGCUUGACAAUUCUGGAGCGAAAUAAGGCAGCAGCUGUUCGAUAUCGUAAACGAAAGAAGGAGGAACACGAUGAAAUGAUUGGACGCGUCCAUGUCCUCGAACAAGAAAAGAACCAAAUUGCUACGCAAAACCAGGUCCUACGCCGAGAACUGGACCGAGUUACGGCUCUCCUCAAGGAGCGCGAGACGCGAUGUGUCUGCCUCCACGGGCUUCCACUCUCCUCCGAUCUGGGACUUGGGGCUGACCUACAAAACCCCAACUUCCUCCACCAGCAAAAUCUCAUGCAAGCAGCAAUGGGUGGCCUGAAGCGAACCAAAAUG